UAAGACUAAUCUUAGUUAAAUUAAAUUGAAGCUUAUUUUCCAAUGUCAUUUAAACCCAAUUUGAAAUCUAAUUAUGGUAAUGUCAAUCCCAAUUCGGAAACUCAAACGAAAAUUAUUAAUUUUUUCAAUACAUAUAAACAGUUAUUAGAUGGAUAUACUCGACAUGUCAUGAACAAAUUGCAUAAUACUACAUCUUCUAUAAAUAGUAAUACUAGUUGUAAUAGCAACAUUGGCAAUAAUAUCGUUGAAUUUAUGAAUUAUGAUUUACUGCAAGAUCAUCAAAUUAUAACAAAUGUGGAACCAAAUACUGUAUGCACUUUUAAAUCACCAGUAAUCAGUUCAUAUAAAAAUUUAAAAUUAAAACCAUAUUCAUCAACAAGUAAUCUCAUCAAUCCUACUUCUAAAUAUCCUUGUUUUAAUGACUUUUGUUUGACAGUAAAUAAUUCACAGUACAAAUCAAAUGAUUUUAUUAAAGAUUACUCCCAAACAUUAUCAUCUUUUCCUUUAUUCAAUUGUGAUUACUUUAAAACACAACAUUAUCCAUCUGUUAAUUCACAUUCACAAUUAUCGAUUACAGCAAUGAAUGAAAGAAUUUUCAAGAAAGUUCAAUCAUCAUCUGUUAUAUCUUUAUCGAAUAAAUUAUCCACGUCCCCAAUGACAACUUCAACAAAUAUAACAGCAACAUCAUCAAAUUCAUCAUCACCAUCUCUAUCAGUAGAUUCAAUAGACAUAAAAACUAAUAUUCCUAAACAUUUAACCGUACAAAAAAUCUUAAAACGUUUAGCUAAAUUACCAAAUAAUUUAGGACCAUAUAUUUGUCGACUUUGUAAUCAAUAUUUUGAAAAUGCACUCAAAUUAGCUAAUCAUCGUUGUCCAUUAAUAUUGCAUACUGAUUAUCGUUGUCCUGAAUGUGAUAAGGUAUUCAAUUGUCCAGCUAAUCUUGCUAGUCAUAGACGUUGGCAUAAACCAAAAUCUGAAAUCAAUUAUGAUCAAACCUCUAUAAGGGAUCAUUCUUUAUUUUCAACAUUAAAUAAUGAUAAAUAUUUUACUGCAAGAAAAUAUUCUAAUCAUAAUUCUAAAAAACUAAUGACAAAUUCAAAAUUAUUCAAUAAAAAUUUACAUUUAAACAAUUUACCAAAGAAUAAAUUGAAUUCAGUAGUAUUUCAUCAUAACCAAAAGAAUCAAUUAAUAAUUCAUUCUAAUAAGAUAAAGAGACCAACUUUUACUGUUCAAGCAAUACUUGAUAAUUCAGUUAACAAUGAUGAUAAAAUUCAUGAUAAUAUAACAACAACAACAACAAAAUCAUUGAACUUUGACAAAACAAUCAUCAAUAUUGAAUCAUCAAAUUCGAUAAAUUGUAUUGAAUCAAAUGAGGUCAAUUCGAAUUUGUCAAACAAUAAUUUAUCAACUAAUAAUAAUAAUAAUAAUAAUAAUAAUAAUAAUAAUAAUAAUAAUGAUCAUACUACACGUAAUCAUUCAACUAAUACAUGUAAUAUUAAAGAAGCAUUAAUGAAUCAACAAAUUUCAUUACAAUGUAAUUAUUGUAAUACUUUGUUAUCAACUCGUAAUGAAUUAGAAUCUCAUAUGGUUGCACAUAUUUUUAAUAGAAUCAAGUCAAAACUAGAAGGAACUCAUUAA